GGAUCUCUGUUCAUCACCUGAUUUUUCAGUAAAAGUCGAUCAAAUUCUACUUUUUUUUGUUGUUUGAAUUCGAGUCAACAUUUUGAAAUAUUGAAAUAAUGAUGAUGGCUUUAGAUGCAAGCAGACCAACUAAUUAUCGUAAUAAUGAUAAUUAUAUCGAACAACAACAAUCGAUUGUUGGUGGUGGCGAUCCAUCGAGUAAUGGACGAGAAAUGAUUACCGGUAAUAAUAAUAAUGGUCAAUCAUCGGUUGUUACUAAUACUGCUUCGGCUGCUGCUAAUGCUGCUGUAUCACUUUUAUCUCAAUCAUCAUCAUCGACAACAGCAACAACAACAAAUAAUAAUCCUGUUACAAACAAUUAUCAUCCUCAUCAACAACAGCAGGGACCAUCAUCAACAUCACCAUUACAACAUCAACAACAACAAUCACAAUCAUCAGCUGAUAAUUUUCCCGAUGAAAAUGAUGUGCAGCUUUUUUGGUAUCCACCAGACCAAAUGAGCUAUUCCCCAUCAUCCCCAUCUCAAGGUGGUAAUAAUGCGCAACUUUAUUACCUUAAAAUAUUGGUACCAGCCGUUGCGGCUGGUGCUAUUAUUGGAAAAGGUGGUGAAACUAUUGGCCAAUUACAAAAAGAGACCAAUACACGUGUUAAAAUGUCAAAAUCGAAUGAUUUUUAUCCAGGUAGUACCAAUGAACGUGUUUGUUUAAUUUCUGGACCGGUCGAAGGAAUCAUACGUAUAAAUGAAUUUAUAAUGGAAAAGAUUAAAGAAAAACCGGAUCCAAAUGCAAAAAUGGCUAUUGAUUUUGAUAAUAAACAGCCAGCCGAGAGAGAAAAACAAGUAAAAAUUCUCGUGCCGAACAGUACAGCCGGAAUGAUAAUUGGUAAAGCUGGUUCAUAUAUAAAACAUAUAAAAGAAGAAAGUGGAGCUUAUGUACAAAUAUCACAAAAAUCAUUGGAUCAUGCAUUGGCUGAACGUUGUAUAACGGUUAUUGGUGAAUUUGAAUCAAAUAAAAAAGCCUGUCAAAUGAUAUUGGCAAAAAUUGUUGAAGAUCCACAAAGUGGUAGCUGUUUGAAUGUUAGUUAUGCUGAUGUAACUGGUCCUGUUGCUAAUUUUAAUCCAACUGGUUCACCAUAUGCAAAUGUGUCAAAUUCAAGUAUUGACAAUUCAAAUCAUAGUAAUCCAAAUUAUUCAUCCAAUAAUAGUUUGAAUAGUAUGAGUCCAACCUUGAAUAAUUCAUUUAAUGGAAAUCAAAAUGCUAAUAGCCCGGGUAAUAUGGUACAAUUUGGAAAUGUUUUCCAGAAUUCACCUUCGGGUUCACAAACACAAAUGAUUGAAAAUUUUCGUAGUAUGUUACGUGCUUGUGGUUAUAGUGAAGAUGCUGUUAAUGAAAUUUGUACUGCUAUGGCAACAUUGGCUAAUUAUGGAAUGCUUGGUCUAGGUCUUGGCCUUAAUGGUAUGAUUAAUGGAACACCUAUUCUCGGUGGUUUAGGAAUGGGAUUAACUCCAGGUACACCUACCAAUAAUUGUGGCAUUCAAAUGAAUCAGAAUACAAUGUUUUCACAAGGUGGUACAAUACCUGGCCUUGAUCAAAGUUGUAGUAAUGUUCCACAACCAUCAGGAAAUGGUGGUAACAAUUUAUUUGGACCUGUUGGUUCAGUAGGAAAUUCAUUAUCAGCAAUGGGAAUUACACAUGGUUCAUUCACUCAUAAUUCAUCACCUGUUACAGGUGGUGGUGGUGGUCGUCAAGAUCGUCAUCUUCAUAUGCCUGAUGGUUCAGUGUUUGAAACAUUUCGUGCAUCACCAUCAUUAAGUUCACCUGGUAAUAAUAAUAAUAAUAAUAAUAAUUCAUCAACAACAAUACAUCCAUCAAUGACAAUAAAUAGUAAUUCAUUUGGUAUUGGUGCAUUACAUCAUAGUCCAAAUUCAAUGCGUAAAAGUUCACCACCAACAACACCAACUGAUCAAUCACCUGAUCAAUCAUUGAAUCAUCAUCAUCAUCAUCAACAACAAAAUAAACUUGAAUUAGAAGUUAGUGACAAUAUUAUUGGUGCAAUUCUUGGACAUGGUGGAAAAUUAUUAGUUGAAUUACAACGUUCAAGUGGUGCUAAUAUACAGAUAUCGAAAAAAGGUAUAUUUGCACCGGGUACACGUAAUCGUAUUGUUACGAUUAGCGGUUCACCAAACGCUGUACAAUCGGCACGUGUUUUAAUUGAACAUCAAAUCAAUGAAGAAGAAUCAAAAAGAUCUAAUCAACAACAACAACAGCAGCAACAACAACCGAUUAAUAAUUUUUUGCGAUAAAAUUUCUUUUUUUUACAUCAAAUCAAAAAAAA